CUAAUUCAUGGAGACCUGGACUAUGUUUCCAGAAAAACUAAUCUCAAAUGUCCCUUGAUUGAAAUGCAAACAGAAACAUUUAACACAAGAAAUGCAAUUCACACAACACGCGAUGUUCGAUUGACAACACGUGGCACGUGGUCAACUCUUGUCUGGAAUCUAAUCACGACAUCACGACAUAAACAUAGGCUAGCAUGCAGGUAAUUCAGGUGAAGGUAGGUGUGUUAGCGAUCCAAGGAGCGUUUUCAGAGCAUAAAACAUGCCUGAUAAAAGCAAGUAAACAGAUUGGAAAUGAUACAAAGACAUCUAAUGAUCGUCAGUUGAAUGUAGAGGUAGUUGAGGUUAGGACCGCCAGUGAUAUGGAUGGCCUAAAUGGCCUAAUCAUACCUGGCGGUGAAAGCACUGUUAUUAGCAGAUCAUUCGAGAAGAAUGGAUUUGGAGAUGCUGUUAGAGGAUGGAUAAAAGAACAAGGAAGCCCAGUCGUCUGGGGUACAUGUGCAGGCAUGAUUAUGCUUUCAAACAAUAUAGAAAACAGCAAAAUCGGUGGACAGACCCUACUUGGGGGAUUAGACAUUGAAGUUUGCAGGAACUUCUUUGGAAGACAAAUCAAUAGCUUUGAGGCAGCUGUUGCUAUGAAAAGUCAGAAUCUUUCCAUGAUUGGGAAUGAGUCGGAUGCAGAACCAUAUCAUGGUGUUUUUAUAAGAGCGCCAGCUGUGAUAUCAACCAAAAAUACUGGCGUAGAAGUACUUGGAACCGUCACUCAUGAGAAGAGUGGCCAACAGGAAGUUAUUGUAGCAGUGAAGCAAAACAACAUAAUGGCAACAGCUUUUCACCCAGAGUUGACUGAUGAUUUAAGAUGGCAUAGAUAUUUUCUGGAACUUGUAAUUAAAAAUAUAUUGUCUAAAGGAUUUGUCUAGUCAACAAAAUGUACUCUGUGUCCAAUAUAGAUUACUUUGUCGUAUAUGGUUUGUAUUUCAAUUCUUAGUAUAGCAAGUGCAAAAUGUAAACUUUUAGUUAUUUAUUUGUUUCUUAAUUUUUAGAAUGCAUACAUUAAGUUAUAUGUAAACUUCAAAUGGGUUUUCUAUGAUGUUGAAUACAUUUUGGCCUAAUGCA